UAUUUCCCUUAGAUGAAAUUUGAUAUGCGCCCUUCUUUUACUAAGGUUGAAUAACAAUACCUCUUUAAACUAUGCGAAGAAAUAGUGACAAUUUGUUUUUUGAUGUUUUUAUUGUUUUUAUGGGAUAAAUUUCAACAUUAUUUGAUUAUAAAAUUUUUAAAGCUCGUAUAAUUGUAAAUAAUUAAUACAUUUGAAAACUGAUGUUUCUUUCAGACUCGAAAACUCAAAUCAUAAUGUACUUCCUGCUGUACAACUUAGUGAACAAUUACAAAUUUGUCUUAAUUGUAAAUUAAUUGUUUUCAUAUUCUAUGAUUAAAAGUUACAAUCAAGAACGCUAAUGCUAUAGCGCACAGAAGGUUAUAUUGCGUCAAAUCUAUUUUUUUUCAUAUCUAAAAGAAAUUCCACUGCGCUGUAUGCUAUACCUGAGGUCAUAAAAGUAAAUGUCAUCAAAUAAUAAUAAAAAAACCAUCAGAUUCGCCCUCUCAAUAGGUUGAUCUUCACAAGGACACCCGUGACAUAUAUUUAUAGUAGAUCUUUUUCUUGGAAAAACCAUUCGCCGGUCCUUCUUUAUUUGCUUGUUUCAACUUGCCUCGUGGUUUCAGCCACCCGACUAGUUUCAUUCCGUUUCCGCAUCCAUCUAUUUAGUUCGCUAUUGGCGCUGGUGGAGUGUUGGCUGUAUAGUGCAGAGGACUGAGUAGACACCAGUCAAUCCAUAGGCUUCGCCCUGUCGCGUCGGCUAAUGCCAGACCGCAGUUGAUGCAGAGCAAUAGCUUUGCACUCGCAGCAAGCGUAAUUACGUCACAUUGUGUUGUGUAAAUAUAUUAAGACACUUGCUGUGCAUAUUAUAUUUGCUCCUAAAUUUUUUGGUGAGAACUUUUUCAAUUUUUCAUCCAACUUAUAAAAUUUCUUCAAUGAUAUUUAAUCUAUCGAAAUUGCCAAUUUUUCUACGUUAAUAAUUUAAUGAUUAAUAUUUUGAGGUUGGUCUUUGUAAUCAAUGAUGAUAUAUAUUUUAAAGUGUCUCGGACGCUGACGGAGCGUACGCAAACCAGCGUAUAUAUUCAGCGUGAACUGACUUGUAAAUUGUAGUAUUCUCAAAUCUGGAAUAAAAUGGCAGUUGGCAAUAUAGAUGUUAAACUUAAUGGUGUUGUACCAUCUUCUCCUGAUGCAUUGUAUUUAUGGAAAAGAUUCAAAAAAGUCAAUAAAAAUGAAGUUCCAGAUCGAAAUAAUCUAGAGGCCAAAUCUGCAAACGAGUCGAUUAAUAACAGAAGACAAAUAAACCAAGAUAACAAUAGCAACAGCUCAUCUAAUAGUUCUCUCGAUAUAGCAAAGAAAACUGUUGCACAAGAAAAGUUAUUUAAAUUACAGUGUCAUAUCCAGUAUCAAAAACAAAGGAAUGAAUCUUUUAGCACAAAUUCACUUAUUGGUUAUGCUUCUGCAUCAGUUGACAGAAAGCUAAGAAAGAAUAGAUCUUCGAAAAUAGAUAAUCGUCAUAACGAUACAAAUAACCAAUGUGUAAAUUUGACUACUGUAUUACAUCUUAAAAAACCUUUAUCCACUAAUCCAGAUAACAACAGAAUAUAUUAUGAAGAUCGUGGUAGAAUGGCACCAGUAAAUUGGAAAACUGUUGCAUUAAAUAGCAGCAUUACUCAGGACAAGAAGCCAGCAAAAUUAAAAAAAGUUGAAACAAAGAAGGAAACUAUUAAAUUUAUAGCGAAAUUAAAAUCAGAAAUUGCAGAUGAAUUUUCAAAUUUUGUUGAUAAUUCAGUGUCUUCUAAAACUGUUUAUAAUAAACAAGGAAACAUUGAAAGAAAUGUAAAUGCCAUUGAUUCUCCCAUCUUUAAAAUAGAACAACGCAUCAGUAAUAAACCAUCAGAUAAGAUACGAAUACCAGCCUUGAUUAAAUCACUUUUUCAACCCUCCUUCGAUUCACACCUGCUGAACAUAAUUGACACCUUUAAGGCGAUUAACCCAAUAACAAUUGAAGAUAUAAAAUCCACAAGUGUACAAGAUGAGAAACAUAUUUAUGAUGACAAUGGAUAUAACAAACCAGAAGAACAGAAAAAUCUGUUCAAAGAAGUUAAUAAUUGUAUUGUGGAGGGUUCAACUAAUCAAAUUGAAAGUAAAUAUCGAUACUUUGAAAUGAAAACAGAUAAGCAAACCAAAAAUCAUCGUUCAACACAUGAAUGCGAUGAUUAUGAUAGAAUAACUUAUGUAAACUCACUCACAGAUGAAGAAAAUGCUGCAAAAAGAGAGUCUAGGAAAAAGGAAAUGGCAUACGAAGAUGAUUUAUUUGCUUUUGUUCCAAAUUCACAAGAAUUAUCAAACCCUCAAAUUAAUUCAGGUAUACUAGUUCCAUCUGAAAAGAAAAAAAAUUCUCAUAGCUUCCCAUUUGAUAGAAUAAAAGCAGUUUGUAGAGAAAAAGAAAAAAUGUUGGAUUCUGAUGAUACUUUGAAUGUAAGCAGUGAUUUGGAAAAUGUAUCAGCUCCUAUAGUAUCUAUGCACAAUAGUUUUGAAGCACUUAAAAAGAAAAUGAAUAAACUUAUUUCAACGAGCAAUAAUUAUGUAAGUGAAACAAAAUGUGUUCUUCCCGAUGAUAGCAGAGCAUUGGAAAGUAAAAAUCAACUACUAAACAGAUGUUUACAAGCUUCUCAUGAUUACUUGAAAGCUCCUGAGAAUAAUGUAGUCGAAAUAACACAGGUUAAGGUCGGAUCAAGACCAGAGCCAUUAUUCAAACCAAUUUCAACUCGAUAUUUUACAAAACCCACAACAGAUAGGGCCAAGUUAUCUUCUGUCAAUGUCAAUAUUAGUAAAAACAGUACGGCAAGUACUGAAAAUUCAAGUUUUGAUGUUUCCAAUGAUUUUACUGAAAACAAUUACUAUCAGAAAGAGAUUGAUUCUGGCUUAUGCAUUAAAAGCACGGACAAUACUUUAUCAACUUUAGAAUCAAACGAAACCAAACUUUAUUCCAAAACUGACAAAAAAGUUGUUGAAACAAGUUAUCAAGUAGAGGUAUUGUCGAAGACCACAGAAAAGUCUGCAAAAACGAGAAAUGAAAGUAUAAUUACAUCAUCAGACUUGGAAAGUGAAGAGAUGAGUUGCAAAGAUGUUAUAGAUUAUGAUGCAUUUGAUAUUGAAAAUGUAGAACUUUUUUUUCCUGCUCUGACAAAUUCAAAAAAUACAUUUCCUAAUGUAAUGGUUAAUAAAAUGUCUACUGAAAACAAGAAUCCAAGUAAAACAUUAAGUAAUUUUGAAAUUAGAAGUGAUAUUUACUCAAAUGCUAGUAAAAGAACGAUUUCAAAUUUGCAGUUGGAUAAUGAGUCCAGCUUAAAUUCUGAAUUCAAUUUCAACAAGAAUAUUUUUAAAAAUGUUGAAAUUGAACUAUCUGCAUUGACAACAGAUGGUCUUGGUUAUAGUAACAAUGAAACAAAAGACAUUGAAAUUAAUAGUUCAACAUUUAAUAACAAAAAUGCACAAUUAGCACUUCAUCAAACCAGUGAAAUGGUACACACAUUGCAAAGAAAAUCGUAUAACCAAAAAAUUGCGUGUAAAGACGACAAUGAACUGAAUUUUAAAAACGAUAUUGAAUCUUCACGAGAUGCUGAAAAAUUAAAGGUCAGAAAUGAGAAUGUUGCUCCAAAACCACUAUCAAAAAAAAUGCAAAAAUACCGUAUUACACUAGAAAACUACAAGCACAAAUUUGUAGCUGAUACAAAAGAAGAGGAUAAAAUAUUUCAUCAGCAGCCUAAUAAAACAUCUCAAAUUAACAACUUAGACAAAAAGCCUUUACAACGUCCGAUUCUCAAAGAAAUACAGAAGCGCAUGCAUCUCACUUUUAAACCAUUUGUAUAAGAAAAUUUGGGAGAUUGUACAAUAGUGUAAUGUUGUUUAGAUUAGAAUUAUUAUAUUAUUAUUAACAAAUGAUGCUAUAAAAAUUUCAGAAAGAAUAUUCUAAAUUGAGAACAAUGGUGUGAAUUUUAAUUAAAAAAUCAAUGAAUAUUUGCAGUUUACGAUACAAACAAGUUUGUUUAGUACAAUUUUUACAUCAGUGAAUUAUAGAGGUGCUAAAGUUUUUUUUAUUGUUAAUUCAAUUUUUCAAAUACUUUUGGGAAUCAAAAAAUUUUAUUUGUUGAAAUAUUUUUACUUUGAAUUUAUUGCACUGUAUAGUUUGCAACUCACUUUUAUUUAAAAAAUGCUGGUCAAUGUUAAAUUCAACAAUAUUACUGGUUUUUGUUUCCACGAAUGCUAAAAAAAGAGCUUUAAAAAGUAGUCAAAAAUGUCAUUAAUAUUUUUUUUUUAUUUUUUUGACUAAAUUGCUUGAAAUUUCAUUUUAUUAAAAAUUUGUAAUUAUUGGUUUUGUUUUACUUGUACCUACUUGUAUUUACAAAACUCUUAAGUAAACUAGAAGAACUCAAAUUAGCGUGAACGUGAAAUAGAAUAAAUCUAUUUUCUUUAUACAUUAUAGUUUAAAAGGUUAUUUUUUCACGCACAGAGAAAAGAUUGAUGAAAUAUAUUGAAAUAAUUUAGCGGUUGUUUUUUGUUUUUGUUUUGAAUCUCAUGGUUGACACGUUAAAUGCAACUUUAGUUUAGUUUUGAUUGGAACAGCUCUAUUUCAUUGCAUUAUCUCAAUGAUAUUAUUCCAUACGUUGCAAAUUUUUUUGACGUUGUAUAGUUACCAAAUUUAGUUUUUUUUGAGAAUGAAAAGAUAAAUUUUCAAGGUUUUACAGCCCAUGGAACUAAACAAAUUAUAUAAACUUCGUACGUUUUGUUUAACGAAAAUUUCUGCACACAUUUCUAACGUAUAAGAAUUUUAAUUUUCGUUAAAUUGUAAAGAUUUUUUACUCUUAUUAUGGCAGAUAAUGACAACGAUACGUUUAAAAUUACGUUACCUUGAUAUAUUGACUCGUAAUUUUCGUAUAUUUGUUUUCUAACUUUAUUUUCAAAGUAUAGAGUUUUAUACACAUAUGUAUAUAAAAAAUGAAUAAAUAAAAUG